AUGUGUCCUUUACUCAUCAGCAAGGACUUUGAGAUGAGCAAACUCAACAGCAAGAUUGAGGAUGAGCAGGUCUUGGGUGCCCAGCUUCAGAAAAAACUGAAGGAGCUGCAGGUAUUUCAAUAGCAUUGUUGAAAAGGGAAUAUUUCUGUUGCAACUGUUGUGUUCUUACCAGGAAAUCUGAAAUCCCUCAAUUUCAGGCCCGCAUUGAGGAGUUGGAGGAAGAGGUAGAGGCUGAGAGAGCUGCUCAAGCCAAGGUGGUGAAACAAAGGGCAGAUUUGGCCAGAGAGGUGAGACAGUAAUAGAGAGGAGCAAUAGUAAUGUCAUCUUUUUGUAGGCACUAACUCCGUCAUGGCUCGUUGGCCAAAGCCUAUGGGAAAAGUAAUGUUUUUUUUGGAGUGUUUUUGGAUAAACUGCAAAAUAAGGUCUGUAGUAAACACAGGCUUAGGAGAUCUUAUACGUUUUGUUCUCUGAGAUAAUCUUCAUCAGCUAACGUCACCUUUUGUGACUUAUUAAGCAUUUAUGUAAUCAAAACAAAUACAUAAAGCACAUAAAGGCUUCAUAAUUCAUAAAGGGCAGGUUAACCGACUGAUAUUAUCUCAUGGAACAAAACAUAUAAGAUCUCCUAAACCUGUCUUAACCUCAGACCUUAUUUUCAGCUAUCCCAAACCCCAAUAUCUUCCCAUUCAUUUCGCCCAUAGGAAUGGCUGAACGAACCAGAGGUAACUCAUUUCCGUUUUUUAGGACUACAAACUGGCGAGCUCUAUAGAUAACAAUUAAAUACAGUAUCUGCUACCUGAGGUAUGUAGAGGUCAUAUUAAAAGUAAUUUGUCACAUGUGUAGAACACCAGCCUGUUGAGACAGAAGAAGAAGCUAGAGGGCGACACAUCCCAACUUCAGAAUGAAGUGGAAGAGGCUGUGCAGGAGUGCAGAAAUGCUGAGGAAAAGGCCAAGAAGGCCAUUACUGAUGCUGCCAUGAUAUUAACAUCAAUCAUAUCUUUCUAG